AGGGUAUAAAGACGCAGCAGCGUAGAGAGAAAGAAGCAUGUAAUAUAUAGCUACAUCAGAGGAGGAGAAAUGAGUGCUUCGCCGAAGCAUUCUCCUUCCAGUAGCAAUAAUAAAAAAGAGGAGAGGCCGAGGUUCUUUGAUAACAAGACGAAGAACUUGUGUUGGGCCAAAGCUGAUGUUGUCCCUGGACGACACCCGGACCGCUGGCGUAAAGACCCAGCAGGUAACAUCGUUUGCAAGCGCUUCUGCAAUUGCCAUGGAUGUCUCUGUUUCGAAUAUGAUCACAUCAUUCCCUACUCUAAAGAUGGAGAAUCUACGCUUGAGAACUGUCAAAUUCUUCAAACCAGGGUGAACAGAUUUAAAGCAGACAAGAGCUGGGUGGAGAAAAAUGAAUUGCAGGGUUUCUCUUGUGAUUUGAAGUUUACAGACAAGGAGCUCGACAUUAUUGAAAUGGCCGUCUAUGGAGAUGUGGUUCGACCAGGUAACCAGUGCCGUUGCAGAACUGUAGCUGAAAUGCUUGGUCAGUUUAAGUCAAAAGACCGCAUGGCUGCUUGCAAACUGCCAUAUGAUGAGACUUUGUAGCACCCAAGGCUGAAACACCAUGUUGGGUGACUUCAGAAGAACGUAAACCAGUUUCUUCAUCAUCAGUGUUGCCAAAUCUCAUUCGGGCUCCUCUGAUAUUCCAUCUGGUGUCUUGUUUUGUACA